UUAUUCAGGCCUAUUAGCGUACAAGCUUUACGUAGCCGAUUAGUUGUUUAGUUAGUUGCUGUAGAUGCGCCUUGUUGGACAUUGCUUGCAGUUACUGGUUGCUUUAACCUUGUCUUUGGUUUCGCAAUUUCAGUGCAAGGUUUGAUGUGGUGUGCAGGUUGUUCACAAUACUGACAUAUAAUCAGCUGAUUUUAAUAGAUAAUCAGCAUUUUACAUGGAUGUAUCCCACCUUGACCACAAAUGAUGUGAGAUGGAAUUGAGCAAUUCCAGAAAUCAUCAUACUCGACCUUCUCCGAUUUUAUGAAACUUUGCACCUGGCUUCAGUAUGGCAAACCAUAAGUUUUGAACCGAUGGAGAGGUCAAUCCGACUCACGACUGAUUUUUAAAAAAUGCGUAUGUAUUUUUUCACAUGCAUUUCACAAAAAUUGCCUUUUUCAAAUCGUUGUAACUCGGAAACCGUUAAUUGUACAAAAAUGGCGGUCAGGAAAAAGUUGUAGGGAAUCGAUUGGGCACUCUAAAAAUAUAUAUACGAGGUCUGUUCAAAAAGUACCCGGAAUUCUCAUUUUUCUAAAAAAAUAUUUAUUUAUUCGUCUACAUCUAUAUGAUCCCCUUCAAAGUAAUCCCCCCUAGAUAUAAUACACUUAUGCCAGCGUUUUUUCCAAUCUUCGAAACACCCCUGAUAGUCACUUUUUGUAAUGCUCUGUAGCACUCUCAGCGAUUCUGCCUUUAUCUCUUCAAUCGAUGAAAAACGCAGUCCUUUCAUGGGUCUCUUCAACUUUGGGAACAGGAAAAAAUCACACGGAGCGAUAUCUGGUGAAUAAGGAGGUUGGGGCAUGAUUAAAGUCUGGUUUUUAGCCAAAAAAUUUGAUCAAAAUUCAGCAGUUUUGGAACGAAUUUUGCUGCCACUCGUUUCAUGCCCAAAACAUUUGAAAAAAUAUGAUGGCAUGAACCAACUGAUAUGCCAACUUCAUCAGCAACUUCUCUAAUAGUGAUUCGGCGAUCAUCCAUAAUCAUUUUUUCCACUUUUCCCACAUUUUCAUCGGUUAUUGACGUGCUGGGUCGACCGGAGCGUUCGUUGUCUUCAACGUCUUCGCGGCCAUCUUGGAAACGCUUAUACCACUCGUAAACACUUGUUUUUUUCAUAGCAGAUUCACCGUAGGCUCUCUGUAACAUUUCGCACACUUGGUUACACUUUAUUUCAUUUUUCACGCAAAAUUUAAUACAAAUUCUUUUACUCUUCAAUUCUUCCAUUGUUUAAAAUAACAAAAACCGCCGAGCUAAAAAAAAACACGUCUUCACCAGCCGCUACAAGACAGAAUGUAAACAAUGAAUACAGCUGAAAAUUUCACCAUACAUUAGGGACAUAUGUACCAACACAAUAAAAAAAAAAUUUGACCACCGGACUCUCCAGACGCGCGCAAUUAAAAAAUUCCGGGAACUUUUUGAACAGACCUCAUUCGUACAUUAAAACAAAUUUUUGAUUUUUUUCUCAAUAAUUACAAAAUAAUCCGAAAAAGUUAAAUUAAAAAAAAGCAUGGUUUUAAUUUUUUUGAUAAUUUUUAUUUUAAAGCUGUCAUUAAAACCUACAGGCUAUCCCAUCCGUGCCUUUUAAAAAAUGAUGAAGUUACAGCUAAAACAAUUGACAGAUUUAUUCGAAAUUUCAAGUUCUCGUUGAAAGAUAAUCAUUUAAACAGAAGAAUAUUAUUCUACAGGUUAAAGGCAAAAAAAGUUAAACAGGUUAAAGGCAAUUUGUUUAUGAUAUCCUUUCUUCUAAAAGUAGCUGUUCUUGAGAAACUUGGAUAUUUAAUUAUAACACCAUUUUUUAUAUUUUCAUGAAUUGUUUAUUCGCUUGCUAUAUCUGUGCACCUCGUUGUUAACCGAAGCGAAUGCAAUUGCAUCUCUUUCACGUUUGAACAUAAUGUACACAGAGCUAGACGCCUUGUUGAAUUGAAUAUCACUUACAUCAUUACCGUCUAGAUGCAUUCGUUCCUUAAGCAAGAUUUCAAUUUUGGUUGCUGCUGGUUUAACCUUGCAGCGCUUGAAAUCAAUACAAAUUGAAUUUGGUCCUGCAGGCCAAGUUUCAGGCAUUGUUAAAUCGUAUUUGCCAUUUCGUACAUUCUAUUGUUCACCUCACUAUAUUGUCUUUGUUUCUAUCGUCUUGACCGUAAGCAAUUUUUGACUGCGUCAAACACGCAAACACGUGCAAACAUAUUGCUGACUGUCGAACAUACGAGAUUUGUCAUAAUAUAAGACGAGUUGCACAGUUGUUAUUCAGAACUAGAUAUUGCUACUCGUAUCACUACACUUCCAGUAAAUAAAGGGUGUUUUUUUUAUGAAAAAUUUGAAAAAAUUAAAAAAAUCUUUCCUGGAAUCGAUAAAAUGAUCAAUAUAAUUUAGUAUUUGAAGAUAAUUUCAUGCAAAUAUUGGCCGCGGCUCCGCUUUUGAUGGCAUAUGCCCAAGGACACACUCUCAUACAUUUUUCGAUAAAAAUGUGGAUCUUUCUCCAACUUUGCCAGCACCCAUUUAAUUAAAUGAUUAAAAUAUAGACCAAACGACGAUUCAUGUUCAAAUUAUAGAAUAAACUGAACAAGUUUAACAAUGACACAAGACACAAUUCACUCGUGAUCUGUCAAAAACAGAUUGCCAAACAGAUACCAGCAAAGAAAUCUUUAUAACAAACCCUGCAAUAUCGAUAUGUAUUUCGAGUUCUCAUUUAAGGAGUUACAUACCUUCCGGCUCGAGAAAAGAAGUCCAAUCUUUAGAUAGCUCUAGGAAGUAUGGAAAUGAUAUUUUUUGUGAAUUAAAAAGCAUCGAAUAGUACGUGUUUUGUUAUGUUUGUGAUUUUUUAUUCAAUAAUAUAAUUUUUAAGGCACACUGCUUAAGCUCUAAGGUGCCAAGGGCUUUUUCUAAUUCUAUUAACGACUAACUUAAAACUAGGAUAGUAUAAUUGGAUAAUGUUGUAUUGGGGUCGCAGUGGUCGACUUUGGCAGAUCCAGCCUUCAGCUGGCGAUCGGCACCGGUCGGUGGAUGGAAUAUGUCAUGAGUCUUCCAGAUGACGUUGGCGUAUUGGAUUGUAGAUAUGAUUGUAUACGGAUAAGGAGAGCUUUUUGCCUUGGUCUCGAUUUAAUCGACAGAUAAUAGUAGCGAGGGGUUAAAUUUGGUGAAUAUGGUGGAUACGAUAGAAAUUCGAAUUCCAAUUCAUGCGAUUAUACUUUGUGACUUGUGACAUAUUACUUGCAUUUGAUUAGUUGUAGAUAUUGAUUUUUUUUUUCAAUAUUCGUAUGGCAUAAUCAAAACUGUGAAUUAACUUCCUCUUGAUAUCUUUAUGAUAUCAGCUAUCUCCUACAACUUCACUUUUCAAUUUUUCAUAACAAUGGAAUGAACUUAUGAUACGAUUUCCGGAACAACAGCCACAUUUGGACGACCAGAGCGUGGUAAAUCAUCGGUGUUUGCGCGAUAGCGUUUAAAUUAGUCCAUAAUGGUUGAUUCGCUUAUCAUGGUUAAUGCUUAUCCAGCCUUUUCUACACACGAAAUGCUUUUUUACUCCAUUGAUUUUAAUUUUCCAAAAGUAGCAUCACUGAAAGCACAAUAACUAACACACUAAUGAACUGAAUUGCAUGAAAUUUUGACAGAUGACAUCUGGAGAAUGUCAUUCUUGAACACUGGCGGAUUUAUUUACUGCGCCAUCUAUUUAUCAGACCGGGGUCUUAUUGACGGACGUAUAAAUAUAUUUUUAAGCUUUUGAACCUAUUGCCGAUUCUUUUGGUGUAGUCCUUGAACCGAAUGUCUAGUGUUGGAUGGAAACAAUUUGAACAAUUGACAGACACUUCCGGUUUCAGAGACAAAAUCAUAGCUGUGACGUAACUGAUAAAGCGAACUAUUUCAGAGAUAUUACUAAACCGAUUUCAUAAACUCGGGCUCGUUUGAAGGGUAAGAUGGGGUCAUAGAUCACGUUCAAAUGGUUUGUUUUGAAGAAAUAUUGUAACCGAAAAAGCACAUUACUUAAUAUCGGUUCAGUCGAUUUAGAAAAUUUUAAGCUCGUUUUGAGAAAGAAAGUGAUCACAGAUUAAGUGUGAAUAGAUUAAGGUAGACACUACCGGUGGCGAGAACAUAACUGAAUGAAGAACGCAAUCGAUUAUCUUAUACACCUAGAAAAAAUCGUGUAAAUUUUCAUCUUAUGAGACCGACAUGUACGAGCGUAAAAAAUGACUCCAUUUAACAAUUAAUCUAAAACAUGUUUAAUGCACUUUGACCUAUUUUGAGAGCUUAAGCAUGUAAAUUUGCACACCUCCCUGAGAGAUGGGGUAUAUUGGAUACAUAUUCAAAUCAUUAUUCUAAAAUUUAGUCAUUUAUAAAUUACGUUCUAGUGAAUUGUGUCAUAUGUGAAUUUAAGUGACAUGUACAUUUCAUAAUUUUUUGCUGUGUAAUCAUACUUCUCUAUCCACACAAUCCCGAAAAAAGCUUAUUCGUUCUCGACAUACUUGAGUUUGUUUUACUAAUACCUUCAGUGUGGGAUCUUAUUAAAUUUGAGUCCAAAAUUAGCUUCCUGGGUAGAAGUGAUUUGCAAACCAAUAACAAAUUUAAUUAUUAAACACAAACAUCUCAAUAGUAAAAAUUAACAUUAUUUAGUUUAAAAAAAAAGUUAAAAUAUAAAAAACCAUAACGAAGUCUGCUUGAGAAAAUGGUUACAAAAUAUAAAAUUCUUUCAUUGUAAUACCAAACCAAAACAAAAUAUUUCGCACGCAUUCGCAUUCAGCUCAUUAGUGCAUUAGAAGAUUUUAAAACAAAUUAUAACGAAACUAUUUGAAUCACAACAUCUGUUAAUCUGACAAUUUGACAAAGAAAUGUACAAAUAAAUAUAAUUUACAAGGUAAUUUCAAUUGACACUUGGAUUCCUGUUGAAGUAGAUUUAUAUGACUGAGGUUGUAGAUAAGAAACCUAAUAAUAAGUUUCAUCCACCAAUGCUCUUUUUCAACCCUUGCUACGCAUCUGUCUAGAAUCUUCCUUCGGUAGUUUUCGAAGGUCCACUGUAGAUCUACUGAGAAGAGAAUUUCACACGCUCAUUUUAGUUGAGCGCAAAUGAGUAGGAUAUUCCUGUAGUUCUCUUGUGUAUUGUGCCUAUUCAACUAGUCGGAUUAUGGAUGGUUUCUUUGCUUUUCAGUCAGUUGAAAAAUUGGUUCGCUCUAGCUUAGACGACGGCAUCUCACAGUUGGUUGGUUAUAGUACUCUGAUUCGUUUUCUAAAGCAAAAGUUUCGAACAAUGGAGAAGGCCCAUUUGCGACACCUGUUGGAGCUUUCCCCGGAGGAAAAGCGCACGUUCCUCGAUUCAUUCGACAUGAUCAUGUCGGAUUGUGAUGGUGUCGUUUGGAACUUCACUGGUCCCAUACCCGGGGUAGACCGAGCCCUGCAGUUAUUGAAAGAAAAAGGCAAAAAGUUAGCUUUCAUCUCCAAUAAUGGAAUGCGCACAAUGGCUGAAUACAAACAUAAGUUCCAGCAACUGGGAGUGGACCCCCCGGAGCAUGACAUUGUGCACCCAGCACUAACAACGGUCAAGUAUCUCAAAUCGAUCAACAUGAGGAAUGCAGUUUACUGCAUCGGCACCGAGGUGUUCAAAGAUUACCUACGAAAUGCCGGAUUCGAGGUGCUCGAUGGGCCCACCGAUCAUAUAGCAGACGAAAGAAUACCCAACGGUGUUCGUGUAUUUUCCGAGUACUUUUCGAAAACCACCGGUCCCAAGGUCGGAGCCGUGGUGGUGGACAUCGACGUCAACAUUUCGCUAUCCCACAUGAUGAAGGCCAAGUGUUACCUGCAGCAAAACCGAGACUGUUUGCUCAUCGCCGGUGCCACCGAUUAUAUUAUACCGCUGGAUUCCAGCAUGGACGUGAUAGGGCCAGGAUACUUCAUCGAAAUUCUUGAACGGGCAAGCAAUCGCAAAGCAAUGGUGCUCGGUAAGCCUGGUCAAGCGCUGGCCGAGUUUAUUUUGGAACAGUUCCACGUAACUCAGCCGGAGAGGACACUAUUCAUCGGUGACAUGCUCCCACAGGACAUGGGAUUCGGAACGCGUUGUGGUUUCCAGAAAGUACUAAUGCUAAGCGGAGGAACCACCAAAGAAAUGCUGAUGACACACGAGAAACCGCACGAGCUGCCACACUUCUAUGCAGACAGUUUCGCUGAUUUCGUCCAACUCUACAAAGAUGUAUCUAACUAGACUGGAGCUAGGACGGACAACUUAGAUUUAAAGGAUGUAUGCGAUGAGCUUUAGUUCCAGCAGACAUUAAUUUAAUAGGAUGUGAUAUACGACACUAAGACCUUUUAUUUAAAUAAUUGUUUUUGUUAUAGCAGCUAUGUUGAUCAUCAAGUUCUAUUGUAUUUCUUUAGUAUAUGUUAAAACUAGAGCCGAACGGAAACAUUGCUUGUAGAUGUA